CACAUACACACACUCUCAGAGAGAGAGAGAGAGAGGAGAGGAGAGGAGAGCGGUCAUAGCCAAGACGCGGCGACUACAACAACAGCACCUCCUCCUGUUGUACCGCUCCCAACACACACACACACACACACACUCUCGGAGCGAAGCGAAGACGGCCAGGUGCACGCGGCGAGUCCCCCCGCCAUCGAGCUCGCGCCCGCGCCACAUUUCCAUGGCGAAGGACCUUUUCGCUUCUCGCGCCUGAGACCAAGAAGAAGAAGAAGAAGAAGAAUGUGAGACGAAGAAGACCAAUUAGAACAAGAAGAAGAAGGGUCUGUUUUGUUUUGUUUUUGUUUUUUUUUAAAAAAAUGCCAAGGAGGAAACAGGAGCAACCGAAGCGCCUUCCUUCGCAUGCAGAGCCAGCUGAGGACGGGGCACUAGCGGGCAGCUCGGUGGUGGAGGACGGCUGGUUUGGGAACAACUCCGACAGUCCUUCCACGUCAUCCUACGGCGAUGUGCAGGACGACCUGCGGGUGUCUCCGGAGGACGGGGCACGGCCGGACCGCGCCACCUUGGCCGGGAGCCCGCCGGGCUGCGCUACGCCUGCUCAGCGGGUGUCGCUGGAGCUGCUGGGGCUUGACGCGCGCACCUUGUCCACGCAGGACAUGUCCCUGGUGUCCUCUGUGUCGCUGUCAUCCAUGGUGUCAUCGUUGUAUGGCGACUCGGGUCACGGCCUCUCCAAACCGCUUAGCAGCAACCUGCGCAGACUCCUGGAGUCCGGCUCGGUGAAGCUGGAAUCAGGAGAGCUGAUUGGGCGAGGUCUGGGCAGAGGGGCGGAGUCUCCGCCUGCAGGCCUGGCGCUGUCUCCGUCCUCUCAUCACGCCCACCAGCUGAGCGCCCUUGCACGCAGACUUGCCAACAGCGGUAACAACGGCGUUAGCUCCGCCUCCACCUCGCCCGCCUCGGUGCCUGUGGUGAAGCAAGAGCCUGGAGACCCGUUCGGACCGACCGAGCCCGCCAGCUCGGGCAGCACUAGCUUCGUUUGGGUCGGAAUGGCGGAAAAAUGGCCGCCGGCCGGAAGCCUGUCUCCCGACUCGGCCAUUCAGAAACUGAAAGCAGCAGCCAACGCUGUUCUCCAAGACAAGAACUCCACCUCCUCCUCCUCCUCCUCGUCUUCCUCUUCAGUCACCUCCUCCUCUUCUUCGUCCUCCUCCUCCUCCUCGGUCCCGCCACUCGGAGGGCGCUCGGAUGACUCCGUGCGGUUCGACUCCUUCGCGUCGCCCUUCAGCUCGCAGUCUGCCAGCUCCACGCUCGCCGCGCUCUCCAAGAAAGUGUCCGAGCGAAGCCAGCAGCAUCAGCAGCCCUCGGCCGCCCCCUUUCUCUCUCUCGUCUCCAUGACCUCAUCAGCAGCGCUGCUUAAAGAAGUGGCGGCUCGGGCCGCCGGCAACAUGCUGGCCGAUAAAAAAGAGCUGCAGUUGGCGACGGCCAACACCGAGGACUCUAAAACGCAGUUAGACAGGAACCACAAGGCCCCGACGCCCAAUCAGAGCAUGGAGCUUCUGCUACCCGCUGCCCCCAAGGGACGUGCCAAGCCCAGCAGCCAAGCAGGUUCACCGGAGGACAGCGGGAAGCCCUUCCAGUGCCCCGUGUGCGGCCUGGUCAUCAAACGCAAGAGCUACUGGAAGAGACACAUGGUGAUUCACACGGGUUUGAAAAGCCACCAGUGUCCUCUGUGUCCCUUCCGCUGCGCUCGCAAAGACAAUCUCAAGUCGCACAUGAAGGUGCACCAGCACCAGGACCGGGGCGAGACGUUCCAGUGUGAGUUGUGUCCCUUCACCUCAUCGCGCCACUUCAGCUUGAAGCUGCACAUGCGCUGCCACCAGCACUUCCCCCGGUCCGAGCUGAAGGUCAAAGACGAGCCGUGCACCGACGCCGAGGAGGCCGAGGUGGAGCGGGCGUCAGGGACGGGCACCUCGCCGUCUCCCGGGCUGUGCCAGGCCCCGGGCGAACCCUCUUCCAAUCACGCACACAUCAAAGAGGAGCCUCAGGACGUCGCUCUGACGCCGCCCUUCCCGCCGGUCAGAGAGCGACCGGGCAGCAGCAGCAGCUCGUUGGAUCUGCCCAGGAUCAGCGCCAGUCCACCCGGUCCAGGCACGGGCACCCCGGCCGCCUCGCUCUUCAGCCCCGACAUCAGCACCAAGACGGCCACCGACCUCCUCAUGAAGCUCUCCGCGGCGAACCAGAAGGAGGCGCUAAAGAGCGGAUUCUGCGUGAAGGAGGAGCCCGAGGCGGAGGAGGCGUCGAGUCCAGAGAGAUGUCCACCGUUCAGCCUGGGCCUCGACGCCCCUGCGGUGCCCGGGAGGCCGCGCCAGGAGGGCAGCAUCCUCAGCCACGACAUCAACGUCAAGGUGGCGUCCGAACUGCUCAUGAAACUCUCAGAGAACAGCAAAGACACCUGUCUCCAUAAAGUGACGGUAAAGGCGGAGCCCAUGGAGGUGGAUCCACCCUCGGAUGUAGCUCCGCCCCCUUCUCACCUGCUAGGCUUCAGCACUUUAGGGGCAUGCGAGAAGAAGGAGCCAAUGGCUGGCCUUCCGGAGCCUCUGCCCUGCCCCAACAAAGACCUCUUCUCCCAGGACAUAUCGGUCAAAAUGGCCUCCGAGCUGCUCUUCAAACUGUCUGAAAAAGUAAGCAAAGCUAACGAAAAUAAAGACAGCACGUCGUUCGGCAUGACCAGCCCUUUUCUGGACGACCGCUUUAGACAAUCGCCCUUCAGCACGCGCUCCAAGAGCUCUUCCCCAGCCGAGGCCAGCUCCUCCGCCCGAGCCUCCCAACAGCAAGAUUCGGAGAAACCACUGUGCGAGACAAGCAACGGCCUGCCGCAGUGGAGACUCAACGAGCAGCUCUUCCCCUGCUCAAUGUGUGGUAAAGUGUUCGGCCGCCAACAAACUCUCUCCAGACACCUUUCCUUACACACAGAGGAGAGGAAGUAUAAGUGUCACCUGUGCCCGUAUGCGGCAAAGUGCCGUGCCAACCUGAACCAGCACCUCACCAUCCACUCGGUCAAACUGGUAAGCACGGACGCCGAGCACCUCGUUAACUCGGUCACCAGCGAAGGAGGAGAACGCAAAAACUGCCCCUACUACUACAGCUGUCGAGUGUGCGGUUUCCAGACGGAGCUGAACGCACAGUUUGUGAGCCACAUGUCGCUGCAUGUGGAUAAGGAGCAGUGGAUGUUCUCGCUGUGCUGUAACUCGUGUGAGUACGUGGGAGUGGACGAGGCCGAGAUGAAGACUCACAUCAACGCUGAACACACAGGCCUGAAUUCCAGGAGUCCCCUGAGUGAGAGUAAGAGCACGUCUUCAUCUCUCUCGGCCCUCAGCGACUCCCUGAACAGCUCAGAGAGUGGAGACGUUACCCAGGGAAGCGAGGAACUCAAAAGUCUGUUGGCACCGCCUUCAUCUGCCAGUAGCCAAUCGAGCUUGGCGUCAGGAACAGAGGAGAAAUUGGAAAAAGGCUUUGAAUGUGUGUUCUGCAACUUUGUGUGUAAGACGCGGGCCAUGUACGAGCGGCACCUGCAGAUCCACCUGAUCGCACGCAUGUUUGAGUGCGAUGUCUGCCACAAGUUCAUGAAGACGCCCGAGCAGCUCCUCGAGCACAAGAAGUGCCAUACGGUCCCCGCUGGAGGGCUCAAGUGCCCUCUGUGCAUGUACUCCACCAGCAGGGCGGCGGCCAUGGAGUGCCACCUGAAGACGCACUACAAGACGGAGCACCGCUGCCGCAUCUGCCAGGCGGCGUGGGCGAGCCGGGCCGAGCUGGAGCGGCACGCGCGCGCCCACCGUCUGGGCAACCACUACCGCUGCGAGCAGUGUGGCUAUCUGGCCAAGACGGCCAACAAGCUGAUAGAGCACGGACGCGUGCACACGGGCGAGCGCCCCUUCCACUGCGACCGCUGCAGCUACAGCUGCAAGCGCAAGGACAACCUUAACCUGCACAAGCGGCUAAAGCACGCACCGCGCCACGCGCUCGGCUGCGCCCGCUGUCCCUUCACCACCACGCACCCGUUCGUCUACAACCGCCAUGUCCGCAAGCACCAGGCUGGGGAGGGCAGUACCCAGGAGGAGGCCCAGGCUUUCAUGCCACGCCCGCUCAGUGCUGAUGCCAUCGAGCCCCUUUUCCUGCCUGACGGUAGCAGUAGCAGCCCACUCAUGAGCCUGAGUGCCUCGCAGGCCUUGCAGUCGGUUGCCUUGUCUGUUUCGGGUAUGCUGCCUGCCACCGCACCCUCCCCGCACUACCUCUGUGCCAGCGGAGCUUCUCCUACAUCACCGACACUGGCGGCUCACUAUUUCGAGCAGUACAGGACCUCGGACCCGGCUCAUCUCAUACCUCUCACCACACUCUUCAGCGCUCGCCGCCGCUUCACAUUCCAUAGCCAUGCCCCCUCGCGGUCUUCUCCGCCUUUCUCCAGACUCUGGCCCCGCCCAUCCUCGCAGACCUCACCCUUGCACAUGUCCCCCAAACACUCCUUCCUGGCGUAUCUGGGACUGACGGAAAGAGCAAAAACCGUCUGAGCUGCCCAUUUCAUCCGAGCUACCUACCUCUACAUUUUUCUUUAUUCGUCAUUCUUCCUUCAUCUUUCCUUUCUUACACUCACCCCUGGCACCAUCUGGACAGCGGCUAGGAGUGACCAGUCCUGCUCACAGCAGUUCUGUCCGUUGGCAUCAGGAGAACGCUGCUCCUGAGGAGCCGAACGUACACACAGUGUUUAUCAAAGGGAAAAAAAAGGCUGUAUGUGUUCAAUGCAUUUAUAUAAAAGCUGCUUUUCUUUAUUAAUAAUCUAAUUAUUAUGCUUUUUUUUUUUCUGGUUUUUUUUUUUUUUUCCUGCAGAUUUUGAAUGACCAUGAAACAGUAGUGAUUUCCAUAGAAUUUUCUUUCCCUUCUAUGAGGAGGUGAAAAGAAAAAACAAAAGAAGAUGCAAAUGUUUUUAAGCGCUCGACUUUUUUUUUUUUUUUUUUUUUUUUUUGUGCAUAAGUAUGUCUUUUUGCCAAGCAUCAGGUAGCAUGGUCGCCUAUGUGUUACGAUUGUUUUCUAUGUCAUUUAGGGACUCAAUACAAAAUAUCCCAGGGCGUUUGCAGCACGACAAAAAAGCGGGGGGAAAAAAAACUAACAAAAUGACACGAAUUGCUUUCUUUCAAGUCUCGUUUUCAGAGCGACGCCUCAAACCAUGCACUUGAUUAUUUAUCGAACUGUAUAUAGUUUUGUAGCCGUUUCUCCCCAACCCGGACCUCCACUGCCCCACAAUGCGUAUUGGCGUCAAAUGGGUUUCAGGAUUGGUGACGCCAUUCCCGAAACACUGAUCUCGGCUCGUAAGCUGAAGGCUAUUUACCAGUCAUGCACAGCUGAUGGCAGAACAGUUUGAGGUUUGUUGUUUUUGUUUUUUUGUUUUUAAGACGAGCCAUUCAGGGUGUGCCAGUGGUCCAAGCUAUAACCGCUUCCUCUCUAGGAGCAGUUCGUCCACCGUACAGCCCUGAAAACCACAGCUCUUGCCAUUACUACACGUUGCCACAGACUGUGCCAAAAGCUAACCAAGCACGAAAGAUGACUAGAGUGACUAGUCGAGCCCUUGGCAUAGCUAUCGCAUUGUAACAUGCACCUAUACAUUUACAAAGGUAUAUGAGGUGACAGGUUGUUAGGGGAGAAAAUCCCGUGUGUCCCGUCACACAAGGCCGAUUCAAUGGUGCUUUUUGGAGCUUUUUUUUUUUUUUUUUUUUAAAUCGUUUCUGGUUUGUGUGUGUGUGUGUGUAAAAAGGAGAAACUGUUCCAAAAUGACUUGAAUGAAUGUACUUUUCGUUGGUUCAUGUUAAAAUGAUACAGAGGUAGAGAGAGUCAAGAAAAAUAGUGGUAUAUUGGUUUUGGUGGCCUUCUGUGUCUUAACAUUUCCGGUUGCUUUAGUUGUUUGUUUUUGUUUUGUUUUCUUUCAGUUUUUUGUUUUAUUUCCUACCAUUUUUUUUAAUGAGCCUUUAAAAUGUAAAGUAUAUAACUAUAUAUCCUGUACUAACAAGCUAUUAUGAAGAUCUCAUUGGAUAAUGGCUCUUAAGUGCAAUGUGAAGGCAGCCGUUAUUUUUAAAGGAGGAUUUGCAGAAGCACGGCCUUCUCUAAAGCGGGCAGACAUGGUACUAGUAUCCUGUGUUUCCCCUCUCAUUUCCUUUUUUUUUUUUUUUCUUCUUCUUCAUUUUAAUUGCACUUACCAUGUUGACACAUUUCAAGCAAAAGCACUUAAGCCCAAUAACAAAUUUCCUUUGAUGCCACUUCCACCAACCUUGUCAGAUCACAGCAUUGGCAUUUAUACAAUGCCACUCUCACUUGGUAUCUGCCAUAUAGGUUUGGGGGGGAAAAGAAAGAAAUAUAUCAACGCUCUUAUUCACAGAUAUUGCCCAUGUUGGACAGCUCGGUUAAAGUGAAUCAUACAUUAGGUAGAUUUUUCACCUGGCCACCGAAGGACCAGGCUAAAUUUAUAAAUGCCAGUUUUGCACCGUGCUGUAAAAUUGCACUUUUUCCCCAAACGAAUCAGUGGAUUAUAAGAAUAAAUCUGAAACUAGAAUCUGAAUUAGAAAUCAGAAAUGAGUAUGAAAUAGCUCAGUCCAUGAUAAGCUCUUAAGCGAUGUUGGGGAAUGAGUCUGAGGAAAUGCUCUACGGUAAUGCUCCACUGUGUUUCGAGCUCAGAAAAGCAGUAUAACACACUAAAUUUAAAAAAAAAAAAAAAAAAAAGUAAAAAAAAUAAAUCAGAUUGAUUAGUAUGAUUUGAUUUUAUUUUUAAGGCAAUCGUGGCUCAGGAAUAACAAUUCUCAGCCUUCAGUAAUUAUCAGAGGAAUAUCAAAAAGAUUAAUCUAGCUGUAUUUUUGUGCAAUAUUCAAAUGAAUUAGCGCUCUCACUUUUUUUUUUUUUUCCUUUUAAACUAAAAACAGUGUCAACAAACUGAUUUAUUUCUACUUAUUAACUCCGACACUAUACAAGUAACCCUACGUUAACACUAGCGAGCCACAAAGCAACAGGUAAUCGUUCUUUUCUUCGAUGAUCGUGCACGCGAUUUCCGUGGCAAACGUCAUUUCAACAGAGAUUUUCUCGAUUCUAUGCAAGCGACAAAUCCAAACCGUCGAAUGAUCGUCGAACCCGAUCCUAUCCCUCGUGUGGUCCGACGUUUCUUCAGUUACCCGUCCGCGCCUUUAGUUCCCGUUCCCCUUUGACGCACGGACUUGUAACCGUGGUUUCAUCUCAUCCAUACAUGUGCAUAUAUAUAUAUAUAUAUAACACAAAAAAUAAAUAAAUAAAGCUGGGAAAGAAGUAACAGAUUGUUGUUGCCGCUUGUGAGCGUACCCUUUAGACUGCUUUAGACUUCAGCCUAGCUUUUAAUCUGGCGACAAAGCUAGUACAAAGACUAGCAUGUAACAUGUAAAUCAGUAACGCAAGUGGUGUGUAUAAAUCAUAUAGUUAGCUGUAUGUUUUGGCUACUAAUGUCUCUCGAAUUAAUUUAAAAACGAACAGCUGAAGCGGUGGUGAUAAGUCACCUUCGUCGUAAGUCUGUAUAUUCAACUUACAGCUAAGUGAAUAAUUAGUAUUCACCAUAAUGCCUGGUGUAAUUGUUAGGUCUGCGUGAACCUCUUUGCCAAUGAAUGCCAAGUUCACAUGCAGAUAAAGAGACUCUUAAGCCUGGAGCAUUACUCACAGAGCCGACCCCUCGCCUCAUCUCUCCACUGCUGGCACCCUCAUUAAGCUUAGUCUUCUUUGUCUUUGGUGAAGAUGAAUCAGAAUGAAGAUGUGAAUUUUUAUGACCAAGUUGUGAAUUUAUAAAUGCAGCCUUGCAUCGCGCUCUCGAGUUGGUUCAACCAACAAGCUCUCUCUCGCCCUCUCCUCCCUCCCCCAUUUUCAUCCCUUGUUACGAACUUUUCUCUGCACACAUGUCCAGCAUGCAGACGGAGUGCUAUGCCAUGCAUCGAGAGGAGCUCCUGAUGGUCGAUGACGCUCCAGCUCGAUGCAUUCUUUUAUGCUGUAGUGCCACAUGGUGGAAAAGACGUGGCCUGGAAGGCCCAAGAAUGAGUCAGACUGAUUCUCGGGACCCGUUCAGAUCAAAAAUCAGUUGGAUAAGAUCCUAUUGGUCUCGAUGUACCACGUAAUCAUUUUGUUAAAAGUCGAUGACGGAUGCAGCUCGGUCCUGUCCGAUUGUGCGGGCAGGAAAUGGAGGACAGACAUGCCUCCCUGUGCUGACAACAGUACUCAAGCACUUAUUAUGUUUCUUUUGUCUAAAAGCAAAGGGGCGGUGCUUUUUUUUUUUUUUUUGGGGGGGGUGGGGUUUGUUUUUCUUUUUUCUACAACAUCAUUGUGCAUUACACGAGACUACCUUUAUAGCCCUACAAAAGAUGCAUGAAAUCGAUCGCUCUUUUCUAACUUGUAGCACUUACGUUCUUUCUUCGUUAAAAAAAAAAAAAAAAAGAUUUACUCGGUUUGCAUUUACCUUGAUUAUUUUCUUUUCCAGCACAUUUCUGUUUGCUUUGCGUUUGUUGUUGUAUUUUAUGACUCAAUAAGGCUCAACGAUCAUUUUUGUUUUUUCGUUUGUUUGUUUUGGGCACUCGGUUUAAAAUUAUAUGCUGUAAAAUAAAGCUUUUUUUAUUACUUCA